GUUGCUAUAGCACAGUUCAGUGAUGAUGCCAGGACCGAGUUCAAGCUGAACUCAUACGCUAACAAGGAAACGCUGCUCGACGCCAUCAGGCGAAUCACAUACAAGGGAGGGAACACCAAGACAGGCCGGGCCAUUAAGCAUGUGAAGGAAUCUAUCUUCACCUCAGAGGGAGGAGUGAGGAGGGGGGUUCCUAAGGUACUGGUGGUCCUCACCGAUGGCCGUUCCCAAGACGACGUCAACAAGGUCUCCAAGGAGAUGCAGAUGGAAGGCUGCAUCAUCUUUGCCAUUGGCUUUGCUGAUGCGGACUACGGAGAGUUGGUGAACAUCGCCAGCAAACCCAGCGACAGACACGUCUUCUUUGUGGACGAUUUGGACGCUGUCAAGAAAAUUGAGGAGCAGCUGAUCACUUUUGUGUGUGAGGCUGCCACUGCCACUUGUCCAUCGGUUCUGAUGAGCGGCAACACCAUAGCAGGCUUCAGGAUGAUGGACAUGUUUGGCCUGGUAGAGAAGGAGUACAGUAACGUAGAGGGAGUGUCCCUGGAACCAGGCUCCUUCAACAGCUUCCCCUGCUACAGACUGCGCAAAGAUGCCCUGGUCUCACAGCCCACCAAGUACCUCCACCCAGAAGGUUUGCCCUCUGACUACACCAUCACCAUCCUGUUCCGCCUGCUACCAGACACCCCCCAGGAGCCCUUUGCAUUGUGGGAGAUCCUCAACAAAGACAAUGAACCCCUGGUGGGGGUCAUCCUGGACAAUGGUGGGAAGACUCUGACGUUCUUUAACUACGACUACAAGGGAGACUUCCAGACAGUCACUUUUGACGAGCCUGACAUCAAGAAGAUGUUCUAUGGCAGUUUCCACAAGAGGCUGUCGGCCUCCCUGCAGUACAUAUCUGGUGGUCAGAGGCUGUCGGCCUCCCUGCAGUACAUAUCUGGUGGUCAGAGGCUGUCUGCCUCCCCGCAGUACAUAUCUGGUGGUCAGAGGCUGUCUGCCUCCCUGCAGGCUCAGCGGUAUGCAGGGCUCAGCGGUAUGCAGGGCUCAGCGGUAUACAGGGCUCAGCGGUAUGCAGGGCUCAGCGGUAUGCAGGGCUCAGCGGUAUGCAGGGCUCAGCGGUAUGCAGGGGUCAGCGGUAUGCAGGGGUCAGCGGUAUGCAGGGCUCAGCGGUAUGCAGGGCUCAGCGGUAUACAGGGCUCAUCGGUAUGCAGGGCUCAGCGGUAUGCAGGGCUCAGCGGUAUGCAGGGCUCAGCGGUAUGCAGGGCUCAGCGGUAUACAGGGCUCAUCGGUAUGCAGGGCUCAGCGGUAUGCAGGGCUCAGCGGUAUGCAGGGCUCAGCGGUAUACAGGGCUCAGCGGUAUGCAGGGCUCAGCGGUAUGCAGGGCUCAGCGGUAUACAGCGCUCAGCGGUAUGCAGGGCUCAGCGGUAUGCAGGGCUCAGCGGUAUGCAGGGCUCAGCGGUAUGCAGGGCUCAGCGGUAUACAGGGCUCAGCGGUAUACAGGGCUCAGCGGUAUACAGGGCUCAGCGGUAUGCAGGGCUCAGCGGUAUGCAGGGCUCAGCGGUAUGCAGGGCUCAGCGGUAUGCAGGGCUCAGCGGUAUGCAGGGCUCAGUG